AGAUCCAAGAUGGCGGGCAUGGUGAAGAACUUUCUUUAUGCCUUUUGUGGGAAGAAAAAGACCCAACCAGUGUACUCUGAAAGGCCUACUAAACCGGGAAAGUUUAGUUUUCAGGUACAAGUGAAUGGAUUUGAUUACGUUGGGUUUGGAACAGCCACCUCAAAGAAAGAAGCMGAGGCUAAUGCUGCUAAAGAUUUUGUUGGGUUUUUAAUUGGUGCUGGUUUCAUYCCAGCAGAUUCAGUUCCUGAUGAAAUACUGGCUGAGCAAGAAGGAUCAGCACCAGYCCCAACACCUCAGCCAUUACCAUCCAACAUGCCUCCAGCCCCACAAGCUUUAACCAUGGCACAAGUUCAACAGCCUCCUACACAAAACUUUCCACAAAUGCCACAGUCUCUCAUGCAGCAAGGGGGUGACUUCACAGGACGUGUUGGAGGUGGUGAGGGACCAAGAGAUUACCACUACAGUAUGUACAACAAACGAAGCUUUGCUGAGGCAGAAGAUCUUGAUCUAGAUGCUCAUCUCCAUGGCAACUGGACACUUGUCAAUGCCAAGUCAAGAUUGCAUCAGUAUUUACAGCAGAACAGGCUGCCUGCUGAAUUCCAGUAUAGCACUGUUGGUCCUGAUCAUAAUAGGUCAUUCAAGGCUGARCUUUCAGUUUUUAUAAAGAGUCACCGCAAAACUAUUCGUGGUACUGCUAAUGCGUCAACCAAGAAGCAAGCAGCUCAAAGUUGUGCUCUUAGUUUGGUUCGUCAGUUGUUUCACAUUGGUGCAAUAGAGGCUGCUGAACCRGGUCAGGUACAAGCAAAGAGACAGAAGACAGAUGAUAUUGAGCCCUUUGAUGUUGGCAUCAACCCUGAGCUAGAGCAACAACUCCAAAGACUUCUAAAUGACCUUGGUAUACAACCAGUCACUCAGCCUCAAACGUCGGAAGAUGGAAUUUCCUUGGUGCUGCCACCUGGCAGCAARUUUGACGUUGAAGCACCUGAUAAUCGUAAAGGUGUUGUUGAAUGGACCCCACCCAACAUGAACUGGAAUCCUUGGGUCAAUCAGCCUAUGAUAAUAGAAGGCGCAGAACAAUACCAGGAACCGAUACCUACCAGUAGRGAUUACUUUGAAGAGCAYCGCWGCAAAUGCGAUACAGACCCAGCCUACAUGGAGAUGCUUCAACAGCGCAGCUCUCUGCCUGUUUUURGUUACAAAGAUGSUAUCACGCAGGCAGUAAAUGAGAAUAGAGUGAUUGUCAUCAAAGGAGCGACUGGUUGUGGAAAAACUACACAAGUUCCUCAGUUUAUUCUUGACGAAUUCUUAACAUCAGGAAGAGGGACAGACUGCAGUAUUGUUGUAACACAGCCUCGUCGUAUCAGUGCUGUUAGUGUCGCUGAGCGUGUAGCUGUUGAGCGCAGUGAACCAAUUGGUUCAAGUGUUGGUUAUUCAGUUCGUUUUGAUUCGAUUCUWCCCCGAAGCCAUGCCUGUAUGCUGUUCUGCACCGUUGGUGUUCUGCUCAGAAAACUGGAGAAUGGGUUACAUGGCAUAUCACAUGUAGUUGUGGAUGAGAUUCACGAACGAGAUAUCAAUACUGAUUUCAUCCUUGUGGUUCUUCAACAAAUGAUUAAGACCUAUCCCAAUCUACGAGUCGUCCUCAUGUCGGCUACCAUCGACACRCAAAUGUUUACGGAGUAUUUUGGUAACUGUCCUAUCAUUGAAAUAGAAGGCAGGUCAUUCCCAGUACAAGAGUAUUAUCUAGAAGAUGUGAUUCAGAUGCUCGGGUUUGUUCCUCCGAUACCAGAGAAGAAAAAGAAAAGAGAUGAUGUGGAGGACGAUGAAGAGGAAAACUGUAAUCUUAUAUGCAGUGAGCAGUAUUCAUUUCAAACAAAGAACUCCAUGGCUCAACUGAGUGAACGAGAGAUGUCUUUUGAGCUGAUCGAGGCUCUUCUUGAUUACAUCGGCAAUCUYGGUGUCCCUGGUGCAGUAUUGAUAUUUCUACCCGGAUGGAACUUGAUCUUUGCUCUCCAUAAACACCUGAGGAUGCAUAGACAGUUUGGAAGUAACAAGUAUCGUCUACUUCCGCUCCAUUCCCAAAUACCGCGUGAAGACCAGCGAAGGGUCUUUGAACCKGUUCCUGAAGGCGUUACCAAGAUUAUCCUCUCCACGAACAUCGCCGAGACAAGUAUUACUAUCGAUGACGUCGUGUUUGUAAUAGACUCAGUCAAAGCCAAGGUCAAGUUAUUCACAUCCCACAACAACAUGACCAACUACGCAACAGUCUGGGCAUCUCGUACCAACAUGGAACAAAGACGCGGMCGGGCCGGACGAGUAAGGCCUGGGUUCGCUUUCCAUCUUUGYAGCAGAACAAGAGCAGACAGGCUAGCCGAGCACGCUACGCCAGAGAUACUAAGAACACCCCUUCACGAGCUGGCUCUUUCCAUCAAGCUACUCAAGCUGGGAGAUAUCACUGAGUUUUUAAACAGUGCUAUUGAACCGCCACCUCUGGAUGCGGUGGUGGAGUCUGUUGCUAUGUUGAAAGAGAUGGAAGCGCUGGACACCAACCAGAAUCUWACACCUCUGGGAUACAUACUUGCUAAACUACCUAUUGAACCAAGACUGGGCAAGAUGGUCAUCUUAGGCUGUAUAUUCCAUUGUGGUGAUGCCAUGAGCACCAUUGCUGCUAGUACCAGUUUUCCUGAACCAUUUGAGACCCCUGCUGACCGCAGGAGACUGGGCUGGGUCCACAAGAAGUUCUCUGGCACGCGUCAUAGUGAUCAUAUCGCCAUGUUAAGCGCCUAUCAGGCUUGGGAAGAUGCUAGAUCCGUCGAUGAAUCWUCAGAAAUGAGCUUCUGCGACAGCCAUCAAUUGAAUAUGUCCACAUUAAGGAUGACUUCAGAAGCCAAGUUACAGCUAAAGAAUCUGCUAUGCGAUGCUAACUACCCAGAAGACUGCAUGCAUCCAGAGCCGUUUAACUACAGUGGACCAGACUCUAAACUUGAUAUGGUUGUAGCACUUCUUUGCCUCGGUCUCUAUCCAAACGUCUGCAUGCAUCGGGAAAAACGAAAAGUCAUCACAACUGAAGGCAAAGCUGCCCUUGUUCACAAGUCUUCAGUCAACUGUACAAACAGAGACUACAUUUUCCCGUCACCGUACUUCGUGUUCGGGGAGAAGAUUCGUACUCGUGCCGUGUCGUGUAAACAGAUGACCAUGGUUAACCCAAUACAGCUCUUGUUAUUCAGCCAAAGUAGAGUGACUUACGAGAAUGGCAUGGUUACAGUGGAUGACUGGAUUCGACUCCGUAUGCCCCUCCAGCAAGCAGCCAUGAUCGUAGCCUUACGACAAGCCAUCGACGUAUUAUUGAUUCAAGCGGCAUCUAACCCCUCGUGUAUCAUGGAGCCAUCACAAGCAGAUGAACGAGUCAUCAGCAUCAUCAAAGCUCUUUCUAGAAACAAUGCUGGCAAGUUUGUCCAGGCGAGAGAAGGAGGACCUCCGCCGCAGCCCCUUGGACAAGGACUGCAUCAUGGACGAGGGGGUUUUGGUCGAGGUGGGCGUGGAUUCACUCAACAAAAGCGUGGCUACCAAGGUCCACGUCACUAUCGUGGAGGCGGAGGCGGCUUCCGUGGUGGUUUCCAAGGAAACAGAGGUGGUGGAUUCAGAGGAGGCUACCGUGGGGGGAGAGGAGGAUACUAGUUGCUUCACACACCCUUUUAAAAAAUCUCAUUUCUAAAGCUAAUAUCGAGUCUUACAAUAUUUCAGAUAUAUUUGAGACAACCUUAUUCCUACUACCCUGCUUGCAGAGGCCUUUCUCUGUCCUCCGUUCUGGCUAUAGGUCGGGUGAGAAAAACACCUUCUGCUCGCAGGAUAGAUUCCUACGACAUGUUACUUUGGAUUUCCUAUCUURCAUUAAAAGCACGAAUAUAAUC